CAGAGGGAGUAAGAAAUUCAAGAUGGCUUCUACUUCAAGUUCUGGUAGAAGUCGGAAAAAAAAUAAGCAGGACGAAGACGUAGUUAAGGAACUUAAGCAUUACGAUACUUUUUAUGGGCAAGCACCGCCUGGAUGGGUGCAAGAAGAAAAAGAAAGACCGGAAGAUUGCAUUCCCGAUUUACCAGAAAAUCAAGCUGCUCGUGAAUUUUUGGCCAAAGCGCCUACAAAAGGAUUAUGGAUGCCUUUAGGAAAGGAGGUGAAAGUUAUGAAAUGUUGGAGAUGCAAAACUUAUGGACAUCGAACUGGAGAUAGGGAAUGUCCAUUAUUUGUCAGUGGAAAUGCUGCAAUGGAAAAAUUUAGAUAUGUACAUGAAGAUCCAAUGCAUAAUUUUAUUAAAGAAAAUAAGAGAACCGAAAAAGAGCAAAGAAUUCAGAGACUAAAAUCACUUUUGGAGUCUUCAACAUCAUCAUCAUCGUCGUCGUCAUCCUCAUCAUCUUCAUCUAGUGAAAGUGAUUCUUCUGAGAAAAAACGAAAACAUCGCAAACGGAAACACCAUAAGAAACAUCAGAAUAAGCAUCAGAAGAGAAAGAAACACAAGAAAGUAAAAAAUUCGCAUAAAAAAUCGAAAUAUUGAAAUUAUAUAAAAAUUACAGCAUUAACAUUUUUGACAAAUUACAGCCUUUUUUUCCCAAAGUACAUGUAUGUAUUAAUUGUAUUUACAGUACAGACAAAUUAAACAUAUUUACAAGAAUUUUUCAUUUAUUUUGAUAAUGUAAGCAAAAAUAAAUUUCUUACAUACUUAAUAAUUUGCAUCAGGUGAUUAUUUUUUGAUGUUAGAAAAUAGAUUUGGAAAAGAUUGUAAAUGAUUAUAAUCAUAUUUUCUUUCUCUCGCAGUUUAUAAUAGAAUAUUAUAAUGUUUUAACUGUUUUUGAACUUAAAAAUUCUAAGGUAGUCACAAGCAACCUGUGGCCCCAUGACAUCCUAAUAUGCAUCUCUUUUGAACUUUUGCAAUGUAAUUUUUAAGUGUAUUUUCCUGUUUUGUCUGAAGCCAUUACACAAUCUAAUUAAACUGACAUUCAUGAUGAACAUUCAAAUGACAUUUGAGUAGUGAAGAGAUGCGAAUAAACUUUAUAUUACUAACUAGUUUGCAUAUCAUUAGAAUAUAUUAAUUUAGUACCAGUGUACAGGCAGUUAGAGUAAAUUGUGUUGGUGCUCAACAGGCUUAAGCCUGCAACCCAUAAGAAAAAAUUGUGGUCCACUAGAAGCCUACAAAAUUUCCUUGCAAUCCUUAUCCAGAAAAGAUUGCUCAUCACUGUUCUGAGGAUUAAUUUUAAUAACUAAUUACAGUAGCCCCCCUAUAAUUACGAUUCCUAUAAAACUGCGA